CUGUGGCUCCAUUUAACAAAUAACCGAAGAAGGACGAACCGGAAACAACCAUUUUCUGCAGAUGUUUUGAACUAAAAUCGUACUAAAUCAAAACAUGUAAAUGUAGAAAUCAAAAUGUUUUAUUUUCUCAUGCAGUAGUUGGACAUUAUUUCUCUACUGCACCCGGUUUUUCCUGUAAGUGUCUUUCCCAACGCGAUCCCCAGUCAUCAUGGACAGUCACAGUGAGGUAUCAGACCUCGACCCAGCCCCUGGCCCUGACAGACCUGUAGGACCCAUGAUGGAGGGGGAGAACGCACCUGUCUACUGUAUCUGUCGCAGACCUGACAUCAACUGCUUCAUGAUUGGUUGUGACUGCUGUAACGAGUGGUUUCACGGUGACUGCAUCGGCAUAUCAGAGAAGGCAGCUAAAGUCAUCCGGGUGUGGUACUGUGAGAAAUGUCGUGCCAAAGACGGGACCCUGGAGAUAAAGUAUCGUCCCAAGAAGACCAAGGAAAAGAUGGAGAAGGAGACGGGAGACCAGGAGAAAACAGAGAAGGAGACGGGAGACCUGGAAAAGAUGGAGAAGCAGCAUCACACUCCAGACCUGAAUAUAGAACACUGCCGAGGUUCACGGGUGAAGCGUUCGGCCCGUAUGUGUGGAGAGUGUGAGCCGUGCAGGAGGACUGAGGACUGUGCUCAGUGUGAUUUCUGUAAAGACAUGAAGAAGUUUGGAGGACCCAAUAAGAUCAGACAGAAGUGCAGACUCAGGCAGUGCGACGUCCGAGCCCGGAAAAUGCUUCGUGUAAAGGAUGAGGAGUUUGCCCUGUCUGGUCGGGGGGCCAGAGGGAGUCUGAGAAGAGGAGGGCCUCUGUUUGAUGACUACAGUGAGAAUGAGAUGGAGCUCUACCAGCAGUACAAGGCUGCAGGCUACGAGGAUAACAAUAUGCCGUGGCAUAGUGAUGAUGAGGAGGCGACCUUUGACCCCGUGCAGAGGAAGAGGGCUGUGAAGGUUAAGCACGUCAAGAGACGAGAGAAGAGAUGGGACAAGAAGGACAAGAAAGAGAAAGAGGUGCGUCGCCACAAGCAGAAGCAGAAGCACCGUGAGCGAGUGAAGCACAGUGAGAGGGGUGGCGGGGGCAGCGGCGAGGCUCGGGGGGACGGUGGAGGAGGAGGAGGAGGAGGAGGAGGAGGGAUGAGACAGUGUUUGGGACCAGGGUGUGUGGAGGUCGCCAGGGCCGGCUCCAAAUACUGCUCAGAGGACUGCGGCAUGAAACUGGCUACCAAUCGUAUCUAUGAGAUCUUGCCUCAGCGGAUACAGCAGUGGCAGCAGUCUCCCUGUAUAGCCGAGGAGCAGGGCAAGAAGCUUCUGGAGCGAAUCAGGAGAGAUCAGCAGUCAGCCCGCCUGAGACUCACAGACAUGGAGAAACGCUUCCACGAGCUGGAGGGGAUCAUCGCCAAGGCCAAGCAACAGGUGGUGCAACAGGACGAAGAGGUGAAUGAGGCAGAAGGGGACACAGACACAGACCUGCAGAUAUUCUGUGUGUCCUGCAGUCACCCCGUCAACCCCAAGGUGGCGCUAAGACACAUGGAGAGAUGCUAUGCUAAGUAUGAGAGCCAGACCUCCUUCGGCUCUAUGUAUCCCACACGCAUCGAAGGUGCAACCAGACUGUUCUGUGAUGUAUACAACCCUCAGAGUAAAACCUACUGUAAGAGACUGCAGGUGUUGUGUCCUGAACACUCUAGAGACCCCAAGGUUACUGUGGACGAGGUGUGUGGCUGUCCCCUGGUGAGAGACGUCUUCCAGCCCACAGGAGAGUACUGCCGGGUGUCGAAACGCAAGUGCAACAAACAUUACUGCUGGGAGAAACUGAGGAGGGCUGAGGUGGACCUGGAGAGAGUCAGAGUGUGGUACAAGCUGGACGAGCUCUUUGAGCAGGAGAGGAACGUCCGGACAGCAAUGACCAAUAGAGCAGGUCUCCUGGCCCUCAUGCUGCACCAGACCAUCCAGCACGACCCGGUUACCACAGACCUCCGCACCGCCAAGGAUAGGGGAUUGGACAGAUGAACUACAGACCCCAGGUAACCAAGCCUCAGAACCAGGACCGCGUGGAGACGUCAACGUUCAUUUUGAAUAAAUAUUAACCCAUUUAUUGGUU